CGCGCAAAAAGCAAAAUUAAAAGCAUGCGAACGCAAAACUUUCAUUAAAAAAAAAAAAAAUUUAACAAUAACGCUGUACCAUACAGAUGCAUUUAUAUAUCCCUUUACAUGUUCACAUAUGUACAAAAGUACCUGUAAAUUAUUUGACACAUUUUCCCGAGCUGUUCCUGACCAUAUUGUGACUUUCCCUCAGUGACGUACAUAUAUACACUUGGAUUAUACUUCAAAAUUUUUCCCCCCCAAAAGUGAAAAUGGUGAAGAUUGUUGGAAGUCAAGCGGACUUCGAAGCAGUCCUUUCUCAAAACGAGUUAGUCAUUGUGGAUUUUUUCGCGGAGUGGUGUGGACCCUGCAAAAGAAUAGCCCCCUUUUAUGAAGAAUGCUCGAAGAAGUACACCAAAAUGGUGUUUAUAAAAGUGGAUGUGGAUGAGGUGUCGGAGGUCACGGAAAAGGAGAACAUAACUUCCAUGCCGACCUUUAAGGUGUACAAAAAUGGAAGUGCGGUGGAGACAUUGCUGGGGGCCAACGACACGGCGCUGAAGCAGCUCAUUGAGAAGUACGCCGCCUAGGGCGUAGGAGCUGACGGGUGGGCGGAUGGAUGGGUGCAACGGUGGAAGAGAGAAAGCAGAAAGGAAAGAGUGUGCAUCUUCCAGUGUGCGUUCACCCGUGUGCAUCAACUGGUCACCCUUGUCAGAUCAAAUGGAAGGCCAUCUUUUUUUUGUAAAUGCGCGACGUACACCUCGCAUUUCGACUUGUCACAUGUGAGGAGUUAGCGAAAUAACUUUUCGCCAUGCUCACCGUUAUGUGUGUACUCGCAACAUUAGUCUCUUUUUGUUAACGUGCAACAAGGUGGCAGAAAAAUGCAACACAUAGGAGGGGGGAUAUAUCUCUUCACGCAAAAGUAUAAGUAUUACUCUGUACCCCCCCCUUCGAAGGCAUAAUCGGUAUGCGGAAGUGUUAAAAAGGAGCAUUUUUUUUUUUUUUUUUUUUUUAAAUUCCCCAUAUGGGAAGCAAAUGAGAAAAAUUGCACACGUGCGUAUAAAGACACACAUAUGCAUGUAUAUACACACAUAGUGUGAACACUUCGCGUAACUGACCACGCGUAAUUAACGAAUAAACCGUGAGAGAGACAAGGCGUUAAAUGGAAAACCGCUACAAAACAAAGCUGAGUGGAAUUAAAAAUUGCCCCAUUCGAAAAGGGGCCAACAGGGCGAUUACACUCAUACAACACGCAACGCGAAUGAUGGAAACAUUUAAAAAGAGUAGCCCCACAUGUGCUAGGACUGCCCAGGCGCUUACACAAAGUUUACAUUAAAGUAAUCGCUCAUUUUUUGGGACACAAAAUCUUUAAUUCGUUUCUUUAGCUGAUAAUCACCACCACCAGCACCACAUAAGGCAAUAUUUGGUUUUUUCCCAACCGAUUUUUUCUUCCGCAUUUGUUCAUGCACGUUUUUACCAUCACUAUGAUGAUCAUUUUGGAAAACUCCCCCGCCUUUUUCCCCCCCACAUUUUAAAGCUUCCUUUGUGCCAGAGUGCAUAUGUUGGGAUAUGCCAUAGUAGGCGGGGUAGGAGCGCAGCGUGUCUUUAUAAUCAUACACUCGGUUGAGCUGCCUUACAUCACCACCAGCAGCAUUACCAUCCGCAUCGCGUAAAGAAUUUAUGACAAACUUUCCAGUCAGGGAGUUAAAAUUAAUCCUCGUGAGCAUCCUCUUUGUAUUUUCGUUGUGUUCAUUUAAAUAGUUUUGAAAAUACGUGGCCGAAUCUUCCACUGACUUAAAAUUAUCCGCCUGGUUUAUGGCGAACUGCUUUCCCUUCACCAAUCGCCACUUGUCAUUAUAUUCUAU